AUGUCCCUGGUUCUUUGUCCCCACCUCCAAGGUGUCUGUGUAGCCGGGUACGGGCAGCCUGGUGGGCACGAGAUCCUGCAGCUGCUCCCACCGCCGACACUGCAGGCGAAGGAGACCCAGGGCCUGUGUCCAGAGAGAGAUUUCAAGGUGGAAUGUGGUGGAUUUUCAAACCGGCCGGUGUACAGCCUGAAAUACGUGCCGGGCACCAGCUUGCUGGUGACGAGUGGACCACCAGACAGCUCCCUCCAGGUCUGGCAGGUGUCAGCAGAGGACUCUGAUGUUAUUAAACCUGUGAGUGCCAUACCUACAGAAAAUGACGCUGGACAACCUUGGGCUAAAAUUGCAACCAUUUCGGCCACAGCCCCAUGGGUCCUUCAUGGCUCAAGACUCAACAAUGUCCAAAUUACAGAGGUCGAAUCGAGGAAAAAUGUCUACAUGGCAGCCUCCAGAAACAGCGAGGAGCUGAGCGGCCUGGCCUUCCUGGACUGCAACACGUUGCUCCUCUGCUGUGCCAAGGGGCAGCUGUGCCUGGCUGACGUUCGGCAGCCGCAGAGUCCCUUGGAGGCUGCGUCCGUCCCCUCGGCGCCGUGUGGCGAGCGGUGGUGCAUGGGAGUCGGGCGCGGACCUCAAGGCUCUGACUCAAGCUCCCAGCCCGUAGCUUGCCUCUCGAGCGGAGGGCACCUCACCCUAACAGACGUAAGAAAAACCUCGGAGUCCUUGGCCUCGGCAAAGUGCAGAGUUCCCCCUCCCAGCUCGGGUGCGGAGUUCCUCUGCGUCUCCUGGGCUCCUGCUCUGGAAGGCUGCCUGGCCGUUUCAGGUUUUGAUGGGACCGUGCACGUGUAUGACGCGCAGAGCUGGGACAGCUCUGGCAGGGAAGCAGAGCCCAUCUUUGUUCACAAAGGCCACGCGUUCGGCGGAGCGGGCAGCAGUGGGGGCCCUCCCCUGGUCACAGUGCACACGUGGCAUCCGCAGAAACCCAGAACUUUACUGUCAGCGGCGAGCGAUGGUUCCCUGCACGUUUGGGACUGGGUUCAGUCUUGUGGGAAGUGUGGGUAGAUCGUACUUUCGGUGAGAUGUGGUGUGUUUCCUGUCGAUGUUCUAGUUUGCGUAGGCUGCGAGGUGUCUGUUUGCAUGCAGAUACAGUUUUGAGACCGUUGUAGUGAACAGAACCAACUGUAACGACUGCUAUCUUAAUGCAGUAAAAAGUUAGAUUGUCUUCCUCGUUCUCCUGAGUGCCAGCCUUCAACUGACAGCGGGCAGUGUGUCGUAGCCUGUGGUUCUGGUUGUGUCCGCUAGCGGAGAACGCCCUGCCGUCAUUUUAUCGUAGCCCCGUGUCGUGUCCGCACCGGACUUUUUCAGAAGAAAACGGGCAAAAACACCACGCGUGCGGUUUGAGGAAAUGAGCUAUUCCGGGGCACGUUUAACCCACCGCUUCCCAGGCCCGGAGCGCCGGGGUUAAAGCAUUUCAUCAACGCCCCUGGGUUUCGGCGUUUCAUCACCCGCCCGUGUCACGAGUAGUGGCCUCCGCUCAGGAAGUCGCAGUGCACACGCAGCCUGCUUGCGGCCUGCAAGAGAGGAACGGGAACAACCUUUGCAGCCCCGGCCCGCUACCAGCUUUGCCCUCCCGCUGUGUAACCGGAGAGCACCCAGGCUAGGAAAAGGCCGUGGUAUCUUUUGGCUCUUUUCCCACCAACUGAAAGUUUAAAUUUGAUCGAGCGAACGCGAAUCCCUCGGCCUGAGGAAGCCAGGCGAUGACUCUUGCAACGCCCACGCUGUUACCAAGGUGUUACUUGGGGUGGGGAGGAAGCGAAAAACUGUCUGCUCCUUCUCCCCAACGUGAAAAGCAGCGUGUUUCAUCGGGGAGCUGGGAGGGAGUCGAGAGCCGGCACAGGGGAGGGGGGUGGGCAGGGGGGGCUCGCCUGCAAAGCGGGGGGCCCUGGCUUACCCCUGGGUUUGCUUGCGCUGGAGCAGCCAGCCUGG